CGCCAUCUUCAGCGUAGCCCCUGAAAGCUACGUUCUUUUCCCGGUGCGCCUAAGAAGGCAACCCUUGCGGUUAAGAGGCUUGGGCGCGGGGUACGCUGGGAGUUGUAGUCCCGGCGGACACAGCCUUACGGAGUCUCCGGAAGCGGAGGCGUGAGAGGCGGGGCUGUGCGCAGGCUCUGGGUAGCGGGACGCCUGACACCUGCGGGGCAUUGCUCCUGGGGCGGGUCAUGAACGGGCCGGCCGACGGCGAAGUGGACUACAAGAAGAAAUACCGGAACCUGAAGCGGAAGCUCAAGUUCCUCAUCUACGAACACGAGUGCUUCCAGGAGGAGCUGAGGAAGGCGCAGAGGAAGUUGCUGAAGGUGUCCCGGGAUAAGAGUUUCCUCCUAGACCGACUUCUGCAGUACGAGAACGUGGAUGAAGAUUCUUCUGACUCAGAUGCCACUGCAUCUUCAGAUAACAGCGAGACAGAGGGAACACCCAAGCUGUCGGACACGCCAGCCCCCAAGAGGAAGAGAAGCCCUCCGCUGGGGGGCGCCUCCUCCCCCUCCAGCCUCUCCCUGCCUCCUUCAACGGGGUUUCCCCUUCAGGCCUCCACGGCCCCCUCCCCGUACCUGAGCUCGCUGGCUUCCCCUCCCUACCCCCCAUUCCCUUCUGACUACCUGGCCCUGCAGCUGCCCGAGCCCAGCCCCCUGAGGCCCAAGCGGGAGAAACGGCCCCGCCUGCCCCGGAAACUCAAGAUGGCGGUGGGCCCCCCCGACUGCCCUGUGGGAGGGCCGCUGACCUUCCCGGGCCGGGGCUCGGGGGCCGGGGUGGGGGCAGCCCUGGCUCCACUGCCUCCACCCAAGAUGCCUCCCCCCACGAUUCUGAGCGCCGUCCCUCGGCAGAUGUUCAGUGAUGCGGGCAGCGGGGACGAUGCCCUGGACGGGGAUGACGACCUGGUGAUCGACAUCCCGGAGUGACCCCAUCUCUGGCUGAGCCCACGCCCUGUGCCUGACGCCAGCACACACGAGCCCCCAGCUUCCGCAGAGACGUUUAUUGACGCCCAGUUGCCAUGCUGCGGCCACUGACACAAUCAGAAGAGGCGUAAACAUGCACGGACGUCCCCCGGGAGGUGGGUCCCCACGGGGGGUGGGGGUGGGGGGGAGGGCAGAGGCCCUGCCCUCCCGUCCUGGCCCCAUCCAGGGGACAGUUCUUUAAAUGAGUGGCCGGGAGCAUCUGCCACCUCUGGGAGAGGCAGAGAGCCUGCGGUGGCCCCCGCAUUUAAAAGGGCAGCUGUACAGGGCUAGGUUGGUUGGUUGGUUUUUAACGAAGAUUCUGUAUUAAAGUAGUGGCUCUUUUUUUCGUUUUUGUUUUUUGUCCUUCUCUUUUUUGGAGACAUUCUC